UCACAGUCAGUCACAGCUCCCGACCAACAAAUAUCUCUGUGUAUGCAUCGUUUGAACUAAAAAAAAAAAAUCCAAUUCUAAAGCCAUUGGUUAGCUCUUGUGUAACGGCUCUUGCUAAGGUCUUUUGCAAUCUCAAAGCUUGGCUCUUGUUUCAGCAAAAAAACCUAAAUGUCGUCACGAUCUGCUUUUUUACUCUUCUUCAUACUCUCUCUAGCCUCGGAGAAGAGCUUAGCCUCCGUCUUCUCCUCAAGGCUGAUCCACCGCUUCUCCAACGAAGGCAGAGCGUCGAUUAAGUCUCCGGCGACGUCCUUUCCAUCGAAGCGGAGCUUCGAGUACUACCGGUUGCUCGCGAGCAUCGAUUUGAGAAGACAGAGGAUGAAUCUCGGCGCCAAGUCUCAAUCCCUUGUUCCAUCUGAAGGAAGCAAAACGAUUUCUUCCGGAAACGACUUUGGAUGGCUGCAUUACACGUGGAUCGACAUUGGGACACCGAGCGUGUCCUUUCUUGUGGCGUUAGAUUCCGGAAGUGACCUUCUUUGGAUUCCUUGCAACUGUGUGCAGUGCGCUCCUUUAUCUUCCACUUACUACACCAGCCUGGCUACUAAAGAUCUUAACGAGUACAAUCCCUCAGCUUCAACCACCAGCAAGGUGUUCCCCUGCAGCCAUAACCUCUGCGAGUCAGCUCCAAGCUGUGAGAGUCCGAAGGAGCAAUGUCCUUAUACCGUUACCUACGCUAGCUACAACACCACCAGCUCUGGGUUGCUCGUUGAAGACGUCUUGCAUCUUGCGUAUAGCGCCAACGCUUCGUCUUCUGUCAAGGCUCGAGUUGUUGUAGGAUGUGGUAAGAAGCAGAGUGGUGAGUUCUUGGAGGGGAUUGCUCCAGAUGGUGUGAUGGGUUUAGGACCUGGAGAGAUCUCGGUUCCUAGUUUUCUUGCCAAAGCGGGACUCAUGCGGAACUCUUUCUCCAUGUGCUUUGAUGAGGAGGACUCGGGGAGGAUUUACUUUGGUGAUAUGGGACCGUCCACGCAGCAGUCAACACGUUUCCUUCCGUACAACAAUGACUUUGUGGCUUACUUUGUGGGUGUGGAGGCUUGUUGUGUUGGCAAUUCGUGUCUAAAGCAGACGAAUUUCACAACACUUAUUGACAGUGGACAGUCAUUUACUUUUCUGCCGGAAGUAAUAUACAGAGAAGUUGCAGUUGAGAUUGAUAGUCAUAUAAACGCUACUGUUAAGAAGUUUGAAGGUGCCCCUUGGGAGUACUGCUAUGAAACUAGUUUUGAGCCAAAGGUACCAGCGAUCAAACUCAAGUUCUCGUCCAAUAACACGUUUGUGAUUCACAAACCUUUGUUUGUACUCCAGCGAAGUGAGGGGCUUGUUCAGUUUUGUUUGCCUAUCAGUGCUAGUGAAGAAGGCACUGGAGGAGUCAUAGGACAGAACUACAUGGCAGGGUAUCGAAUAGUUUUCAACAGAGAGAACAUGAAGCUUGGCUGGUCAGCUUCCAAAUGUCAAGAGGAUAAGAUAGCGCCACCUCAGGAGGCUUCACCAGGAAGCACUUCAUCACCAAUUCCAUUGCCAACAGAGGAGCAGCAAAGCAGAACCCAUGCGGUUUCACCAGCAAUUGCAGGUAAAACUCCUUCCAAAACAUCAUCAGCAUCAUGCUGUUUCUCUUCCUUGAGAUUGUUAAGCUCUCUUCUUCUUGUACUUCUACUAGUUGUCUCUUAUAUGUAGAGAUAAUAUUUGUCUGAUUAAAAACAUAACUAUUUUGCCUUUGCAUAUAUAUAAUAUAAGAAGAGUUCAUUUUAAA